CAACUUCGCCGCUUUAUGCGCGGAGCGAAAAUGUUCUUCGGAUGGGGUACGCCACUAUUUCUGGAAUACCAUCAUUGCCGCACCUCGCUGCAAGGCCACUGGUUGCAGGAAGGUGUUCGAGUGAUGGUCAUUAUCUAUUGAAUGACGAGGUAAACCAGAAUGGCCUGAAGUUUAAUUCAGCAAGGAAGAUAGUGAGAACCAAAUUCUGCAUGUGUGUUGAUGAUGACCUAGCUAUGACAAUGAUAUCAUGCGGAGCUACUACCACCACGACGUUUUCAUAUCUACAGCCUCAGCUCUAGCUCCGGCAACGAUGGAUAUCUCGAAUAUUUCUCGCCAGAUGGUUGGAUUCCUACUACAGAAACCAAAGAAUUGGACAUCAGAACACAUACGCAUACUCAAUGUGGAAGAAAAAGGCACGAUAUCUGCAGCGGAGAUGGUUGGUCAGGAGCACCUCCCAGACGAAGGCGAUCAGGCCGCUAUGCCCGCCUCUUCCAGACUACUGACAGCUAUCCAGUUUCUGGAAGGAUCAACGGAAGAGAAUAAGAUCAAAGGCGAGGUGCCAUAUGGUUUAUUUCUCAUUUUUGCCGCUUUCAACAAGGAUCCUCAUCAAAGAGAGUAUGCGUCUUUCCUCAUCAAUAUGCGUCGUACCUCUCUUACCCGCGUACAAAUUACAAAACUGGUGGCUUCGGGAUCCUACUUGCAGGCGCUGUGUCAAGGAAAGCCUUUGGAGGAGCAUUUGGAGAUUUACCGGUCUCAUGAAUUUGAUCUCGUAGAGCCUGAAGGGCGCAGGGCAUUCUUGGUGAUGUUCGUGGGUGUAGUCAACUACGUGAUGAAUCGUCCGGAGUUGACCAAGACUACAUUUCUUCGGAGAGCUAUAUCAUAG